UUCCUUUUAAGUCAAAACUCCCGAGUAGUAGAAGUAGUUGACACCUUUGUUGAUCGCCCAGCAGCAACAGAUGGACAACAACCUCCUUUAGGCAAGCGCUAUGGAGGAAGACACCUUCUCAGAGUCCCAAUCGCAAUUUCGAAAUGUAGACGGACCUGGAAUUUUUACUCCAAAUCAGGCAUUGAUGGAUAAAUUGGCAGAACAGCCACAACUGGCUGAACAAUUGCUUAGGAAUGUGCCAAUUUAUGUCCGCUGUGCAAAUUGCCAAUUAAUUAGGCCUUUACCAGAAGCCAGAGGUCAUUAUUGUUGGUGUCGACAUUGUUAUACUUAUUACUGUUCUCGUAGUUGUAGACAACGAGAUUGGGAAAGGCAUAGAGAUAAAUGUUCUUUUGCCAGAAUUAAUUCUCUUUGUAAAGAGGUUAUUAUGAAGGUCCGUCGAGACCCAGAAACACAAUUUCACAUGUCCAGGGUUGCCAGAGAAGGAUUUAGAAGAGAAGGACGCGGUUCAGUUAAUAUACGUUUAAUAUCAGCAUAUUCAGCCCAAUUAUAUUUAGAAAAAGGCUGGCAAAUAUUUGCAAGACAUGACCCUAAUCAGUUAUUAUUUUAUUACCCAAUACAGGCAUUGAUAGAUCAAAGGAAGGAGCCUAGUUUAAUUCAGCUUUGUAGAAAGUAUAAUCCAAGUGAAAAAUUCAUUCUCUCUGUGAGUAUAAUUGCCGAUGUUGAACAAUGUCCAGAAACUCCACCUCCAUUAGAACCAACAAAUAAUGACAAAAAUAAUAAUUUUAACAAAAAUAUAAGAGAAGGCUUUGGACAAGAAUUUGUUUAUGGGACUGCUGUACCUACUAAUGUUUAA